AAUAUGUAUAUUCUGUAUUUAUUAGUGUGACUGUGUAUGGCUUUAAAUUUGUGCAUGGCGUUAAUCGCUCAUCAACUCUGGGAACUUUUUUUUUGUUAGGUAAUAAAAUAACAUAAGAACUGGGCAAAUAUCCUGGAUGGGAUAGGAUUCCGUGUAAAAUUAGAUUUUUGCACAAAAGCGUAACAAUAGUGUACACACAGCAUUUCAGCUAUAAUAACCCAGCCAAUACACAAUCCGUGACUUAGACUUUGGUGGACCACGCAGUGUUACGGUGACAUAUCAGACAGGUGUCCAUUGCUUGUCUCAUUAAAAAUUAAUUAGCAAUUUAAUUGUCCAAUUCGUUAUCAGACAUGGUGAAGCCACGUUUUAAAACGGCCGCGCUCGCGAUCCAGGCCAACAUCAAGAUACGGAAUCGCUUCGCCAACGCGGUCGAGGAUCCGAACAAUCCGUACUCGAACCAUUCGGAGACGGAGUCCUCGUCUGAAGAGGAGGAUGAGGCCCCACCAGAAGCCGGGGUUGAGGCUGGGAUCGUCAUCGUCGGUCCGGACGGUCGCUCUUCCAUCGUCCAUCGCCAAGUUUCGACAAAAAAGAAGAAAAAGGCGUCGCCAUUAAGGCGCUAUCGUGGAAUGUUGCUGGCCCUACUUUCCUCCCUCAUUUUCUCCCUGGGCGCACUCGUCGCCAAAAAACUGCACCAUUUUCAUCCAUUUUCGAUCGCAUUUUGGCGAUUUCAGGGCGCCUUCCUGCCCGUCUUGCCAAUCAUUAUGCAUAAGGUUUGUAUUCUCGAUCAGGCAGAUAAGAUCAUGCUGGGUGUUUGGCCUCUUAACAGGGGUAAAAAUCUAGGCCUCUUCUCCCUCGUUUUGUUGCGAAGCUGUCUGAGCUGCAAUUCCCUCCUCCUUCACUUCUACUCCUUGAAAUACAUGUCACUCGGGGACUCAUUGACCAUCGCGUCCUCAACGCCCAUUCUCGUCGCAGUAUUUGCGAGGAUCUUCCUCGGCGAGAAAUGUGGCGUCGUGACGGUGAUUGCCUCCAUCUUCACGAUAAUUGGGGUCGUGGGGGUCAGUCGCCCGCCAUUGCUCACAGGAGCUUCGUCCUUUGACUCGGACACCUUGAUCGGAUCAGGCCUCGCGUUGGGCUGCAUGAUUCUGGCCGCGAUUUCCUACACGGUUUUGCGCUACAUACGGAAAGUUCACUAUUCCGUGACCACGCUGAUGUUCGGGGUGUGGGGAACAUUUGAGAAUUUAUUCCUCGCCAUUUUAUUCUCCGCGAUGAACGUGCCAAACACUUUGGGCGAAUGGGGGUUGGUCGCAGCGUUGGCGUCGUUCACGUUUUUCGGGCAGUGUGCCAUCAUUUUGGCCAUGAAGGCGGAACAAGCCGGACCCGUAGCGUUGAUUCGGACUUGCGACGUUAUAUUUGGGUUUGCCCUACAAAUAAUUGUUCUGGGCGUGAUUCCCGAUUGGUUGAGUAUCGUGGGUUCGUCCAUCGUGGUGGUGGCCGUGCUAAUUUGUGGUUUCCGAAAAUGGUUGCGAGGGUUGCCAGUGAGUCAUCCGACGAGGGCAAGAUUUCGCUACUUGAUGAUGUAGUCACUUCGAAAUUGCAGUAAUGAGAACGUGCAAUCUCUUCAUAUUCAAUCAAAUACCUCCGAAUUUAGCAUACAUAAAUAUCUAAUUUACGUAUAUAUAUUUUCAACCAAAAUUUUUGGUUCGACAAUUUUACUAAUUUAAUGUAUUAUGUAAUAAAAAGAGGGUAACUUUUAAGUGUCAAGAUUCGUCUGGUAAGAAUAACGCUGAUAAAGAAUGAGGAAUAAAUUGCCAGAUUUAUGGUGAGCUUUAUCUGUAAA